AUGCUGUUGUUACCUGUGAAGCGGCAUUGUAGGCACUUAGUAACUUUCCGAAAAUGCACAACCCUUAAUAAUAAGAUAAAAAAUAACUUUUUUUGUGUUAUACACCACAACAGUUUCCAUAAGGAAAGUGCGAAUGGUAAUAAGAACAGCAACUAUUUUGAUUAUAAUGAAGACUGUGAAUUAUUGAAAAGGCUGGAAAAUGACAAACUAGAGGAUUUAACCCACAUAGCUGAUCAUAAGGAUGCGUUAAAAAUUAAAAAGAAAUAUCUGAAACUUCUUAGGCAACAUCACCCAGACACUUAUAUAAAUGAAAAGAACGAACAACGUAAAAAGCAUAAGGAAGAAAUAUUUCGGAAGAUUUAUACUCAAUACAAAAAUUUUAGUAAACAGUAUGACCACAUGCACAAGUCAGAAAUUAUUGAUGAGACAAUUUACGAAAGCGAAGAGGAAAAAAGUGAAAGACUCGAAAGAUACAAAAGAUAUUCAGAAGGGAAAAGGAACGACAUUCUCCACAACAUUAAGUAUUCUGAAGUUUACAUUUUAAUAAGUAUUUUGUUAACAUUUGGUCUAGUCCUCUUAAUAUGUAUAUACCUACCAUUUAACAUAAACACCGUACAUGAUGAAUUAUACGACAGCACAGAAAAUGGGGAAAAUGCCGAGGUGGUUUCAUGUUUUUACAAUCCUGUUAUGAAGAGAUACGAAUACUUAUCUGGUGAUUACAUCCCCCCUCACCCACACCAGUUGCAUUAUUUUUACAAAAAUAAUUUCCCCGAUUUAUUUGUGGAUGACGAUAUCCUCAAGUUAAACCGUUUCGAAAUCGUUCAGUUGCCAAAAAAUCGUGCAAAGAAAUGCAGGCUUGUAUAUGACUUAAAGACAAACGAACUAAUUUUUUUAAGAAAAAAAAAAAGGGAUGGAGAAAUGGAAUAA